AUGCAAUCUGCCUUGCCCGCGUGGCUCUGGCGAGACCCGCGGCCUCUUUACGCAUCGAGUCGCUACAAGACAGCAGAUCCAGAGAGUCCCGUCCGUUUUGUCCAAGUAUUUCAAUCGUUGCCAUGGCUAGAGCCCUUUUACAUGGAGUGGGAGAAAAAUUUCGACGUCUCUUCCUCCUUUCAAGUCAUACGGGAUAACCAAGCCCUCCCCAUCGUCGCCACCAUCCUGUACCUCUCCUUCCUGAUAGAGGGCAAAAAAUACAUCGAGCGCAGGAGGCGAGAGGGAAAAGGACCAAUAAAUCUGGGGCUUUUCCCCGCCUUUUGGAACGCAUUUUUGGCCGCUUUCUCCGUCCUGGGAGCCACGCGCGUCGUCCCCCACUUCCUCUUCCUCUUCACGCACAAGGACUUCAAGACGACCGUGUGCGAAGCCCCCGACAAGGCCGGGUACGGGGACGGGGCGGCGGGGCUGUGGGUCAUGCUCUUCACCGUCUCCAAGCUCUUCGAGUUGGUGGACACGGUGCUUUAG